CGAAACGACAGAACUGUGUUGUUUUGUCGAUAGUGGUUGUGUCCGUUUCAAAUGUACCAUUGUAGACCGACUCAGAUUAAGUCUGAGGCCGUUAACAUCAACAGUGAGGACAAACCCAGCCUGCCACUCUCCUUCCACACUGAGUAGAAACCUACAGUCACUGGGUCCUGAUUGUGACAGUGGAGCCCAGUUUGCACUGCAGGAUCCAGAGAUGGCAUCAGUGAAGCUGGAAGACUGCAGUCAAACACUGGAGCUGAAUGUCAACAUUAAAGAUGAAGAAGAGGAGGAGAAGAUUAGGACAACUGUUAGUCAUGACCGACUCAGAUUAAGUCUGAGGCCGGUAACAUCAACAGUGAGGACAAACCCAGCCUGCCACUCUCCUUCCACACUGAGUCCAAACCUACAGUCACUGGGUCCUGAUUGUGACAGUGGAGCCCAGUUUGCUCUGCAGGAUCCAGAGAUGGCAUCAGUGAAGCUGGAAGACUGCAGUCAAACACUGGAGCUGAAUGUCAACAUUAAAGAUGAAGAAGAGGAGGAGAUUAGGACAACUGUUAGUCACGGAUACCAUGUUGAGACAUUCUCCACAUCCAGAGAGCAACAGCAGGAAGAUCAGAGAGCUAAGAGGUCUCAUCACUGCCCACAUUGUGAAGAGAUUUUCCCAUUUCUAUCAAAGCUAAAAAUACACCUAAAAAUACACACAGGAGAGAAGCCUUACUCCUGCUCUGACUGUGGAAAAUGCUUCAAAACAUCAACGGUUCUAAAACUUCACCAGAGAACACACACAGGAGAGAAGCCUUUCUUCUGCCCUGACUGUGGAACUCGUUUCUCUCAGCUUUCCCACUUAAAAUCACAUGAACGUAUACAUACAGGAGAGAAGCCUUUCUUCUGCUCUGACUGUGGGGCGAGUUUCUCUCAGCUGAGCCCCUUAAAAACACACCAACGUAUACACACAGGAGCGAAGCCUUAUUCCUGCUCUGACUGUGGGAAAUGUUUUAAAACAUUAUAUGAGCUAAAAGUUCAUCACAGAACACACACAGGAGAGAAGCCUUACGUCUGCUCUGACUGUGGAAAAUGCUUCACAACAUCAACAUAUCUAAAAGUUCAUCAGAGAACACACACAGGAGAGAAGCCUUAUUACUGCUCUGACUGUGGAAAACGUUUUAAAACAUCAAAUGAGAUAAAAGUUCACCAGAGAACACACACAGGAGAUAAGCCUUACUUCUGCUCUGACUGUGGGGCGAGUUUCUCUCACCAGAGCAACUUAAAAACACACCAACUUAUACACACUGGUGAGAAGCCUUACGUCUGCUCUGACUGUGGGGUUAGUUUCUCUCGACUGGAUACCUUAAAAACACACCAACGUAUCCAUACAGGAGAAAAACCUUACUACUGCCCUGACUGUGGGGAGAGAUUCUCUCAAAAGACCAACUUAAAAGUUCACCAGAGAACACACACAGGAGAGAAGCCUUACUUCUGCUCUGACUGUGGGGCGAGUUUCUCUCAGCUGGGCACCUUAAAAACACACCAACGUAUACACACAGGAGCGAAGCCUUAUUCCUGCUCUGACUGUGGAAAAUGCUUCAAAACAUCAACUCAUCUAAAAGUCCAUCAGAGAACACACACAGGGGUGAAGCCAUACUCCUGCUCUGACUGUGGGGUUAGUUUCUCUCGACUGGAUACCUUAACACACCAACGUAUCCAUACAGGAGAAAAACCUUACUACUGCUCUGACUGUGGGGAGAGAUUCUCUCAAAAGACCAACUUAAAGCACUCCAACUAAUACAUACAGGAGAGAAGCCUUACUCCUGCUCUGAUUGUGGGAAGAGGUUCUCCCUAUCGGGUACCUUGAAAUCACAUGAACCUAUACAUACAGGAGAGA